ACACCCGACUGCUCCUUCCUGUUUUACCGACUGCUCCCCGUGGUACCGGUUGUGAGGCUGGACCGCACACCUGACCUGCACAACCUGUCUUUCACCGGGGUUUCCCGAGCCAUUUCUGAAAACCCCCAAUUCCUACGAAGUCCGGUGGUCUCGGGUCACCACAGUAUUUGCAACUUUAACGGGACCAGGAGUUCUGCAGAUGCUAAAACAAAGCUGGGGACCUUGGUCUGGUUCUGGCUCCAACCUUCCAAAGUAGGUGAACUGGCAUUCUUUGCAACAACUCAGAGCCCUGUCUGUAGAUGGAAAAGGAUGAAGUUUUUGCAUUUGACACCCCAGAAAUGUUUGUAAAGCUUUUUACGGGAUUGUAGAGAGAGCAUUAUCAAAUCUAAGAGGUUUUGAACCGCUUAACAAGACACAGGAUAUUGAGCAGGAAUCAAGAGAAGUGAUUGGCUAAUGUUUCACAGCCUGAGUUCCAAUCUUGUUCUGAAGGUAGAAAUUAAGUUACCAUUUUAAGGUAGACUGGUAAAGUUAUUUCUAGAGUGCCGCUGAGAUUUGCAACAGAAAAACCAGAUAAGGACUGGAGAGAGGGCUCAGUGGUUAAGAACAGAGUUCUAUAGAGCACCUGGGUUGAUUCGCCCCAUCUGCUUGACUGUCCGUAAGUCUGGGGAGUCCGACGCCCUCUUCUGGCCGUAGCACCAGGCACGCCCAUGGUGUAGAGACAUACAUGCAGGCAAAACAUAAAAUAAAAUGAAAAUUUAAAAAAAUGGGGAAACCCAGGUUAAUACAUGGCUACUGUUUGUGCAGUGACAGAAAAAUGACAACAGAACAGGUUUCAGGUGACAUGUGGCUCCAGACACAAUCCGGUUCUGUUUUGAGAAAUGCACUUCUUAUAGUCAAUAAGUGAAAAAAACGAAAUUAACACCUUACCAGAACAGGGAGUAUAUGCAUUUUUCUUGUAUUCCACACACCAAGGGCGCUUAUUUAGGGGCCAUAAGGAAAGCCCAGACUUGCCUGCUCCAGGGACAGAGCCUGUGUGUGUGCGGCCUGCAAAGGAAGAAGCUGAGGAACAGUUCUGUCUUUCAAAGCUUCUUGGCACUUGUUUUGGUGGGCACAUACUUUUGGCUUCGAUGACUCAAAAUCUCUUCAAAUGUUCUAUUGGUGUCUUAGUACUUGUUUACUGUCAUGGAUUUAUGUUGGUCAUGUAGUCAAACCCACCCUUACCCGCUCUGAAACUGGGCCAUUGUGGAGCAUUCAUGGAUUGAGAGCCUUCCACCGGACCGUCCCCAGAACAGCCAGUCCUUCCCACCAGCGCCACAGCAACAUCCUCCGAGUCUGAGAGAACUGCGCCCAGAGCGGGCACAGAGCCUUUUACUGCCGGCAACCUGCGGCCCUGGAGAAGACCACAAGAGGAGUGACCAGCGCCUCUCCACCGCCAGCCUACGGACCGCCAUGGCCAAGAGCCGCAGGGACAGAAACAGUUGGGGUGGCUUUUCAGAGAAGUCAAGCGAAUGGAGCUCAGAAGAGGAGGAGCCAGUGAAGAAGGCAGGACCUGUCCAAGUCCUCAUUGUCAAAGAUGACCAUUCCUUUGAGUUAGACGAGGCUGCGUUGAACCGGAUUCUUCUCUCCGAAUCUGUCAGAGACAAGGAGGUAGUUGCUGUGUCGGUCGCUGGAGCCUUUAGGAAAGGGAAGUCUUUCCUGAUGGACUUUAUGCUGCGGUACAUGUACAACCAGGAAUCCGUUGAUUGGGUUGGAGAUUACAAUGAACCGUUGACUGGAUUUUCAUGGCGAGGUGGAUCUGAACGAGAAACCACAGGAAUUCAGAUAUGGAGUGAAGUUUUCCUUAUCAAUAAACUUGAUGGUAAAAAGGUUGCAGUGUUACUGAUGGAUACUCAGGGAACCUUUGACAGUCAGUCCACUUUGAGAGACUCGGCCACAGUGUUCGCCCUUAGCACAAUGAUCAGCUCAAUACAGGUAUACAACUUAUCCCAAAAUGUCCAGGAGGACGAUCUUCAGCACCUCCAGCUUUUCACUGAGUAUGGCAGGCUAGCAAUGGAAGAAACAUUCCUGAAGCCUUUUCAGAGUCUGAUAUUUCUCGUUCGAGACUGGAGUUUCCCAUACGAAUUUUCAUAUGGAGCCGAUGGUGGCGCCAAGUUCUUGGAAAAACGACUCAAGGUCUCGGGGAACCAGCAUGAAGAACUACAGAAUGUCAGGAAGCACAUCCAUUCCUGCUUCACCAACAUCUCCUGUUUCCUCCUACCUCAUCCUGGCCUAAAGGUAGCUACGAACCCAAACUUUGAUGGAAAACUAAAAGAAAUAGAUGACGAAUUCAUCAAAAACUUGAAAAUCCUGAUUCCGUGGCUCCUUAGUCCCGAGAGCCUGGAUAUUAAAGAGAUCAAUGGGAAUAAAAUCACCUGCCGAGGUCUGCUGGAGUACUUCAAGGCAUACAUAAAGAUCUAUCAAGGUGAAGAGUUACCGCAUCCCAAGUCCAUGCUACAGGCCACAGCAGAAGCUAACAAUUUAGCAGCUGUUGCAACCGCCAAGGACACGUACAACAAGAAGAUGGAGGAGAUUUGUGGUGGUGACAAACCAUUUCUGGCCCCUAAUGACCUGCAGAGCAAGCACCUGCAGCUGAAAGAGGAAUCUGUGAAGUUAUUCCGAGGGGUGAAGAAGAUGGGUGGUGAGGAGUUCAGCCGGCGGUACCUGCAGCAGCUGGAGAGCGAGAUCGAUGAACUUUACAUCCAGUACAUCAAGCACAAUGACAGCAAAAAUAUCUUCCAUGCAGCUCGCACCCCAGCCACACUGUUCGUUGUCAUCUUUAUCACGUACGUGAUUGCUGGUGUGACUGGGUUCAUUGGGCUGGACAUCAUAGCCAGUCUGUGCAACAUGAUCAUGGGACUGACCCUCAUCACCCUGUGCACCUGGGCGUACAUCCGCUACUCUGGAGAGUACCGAGAGCUGGGUGCUGUAAUCGACCAGGUAGCUGCAGCCUUGUGGGACCAGGCGCUCUACAAGCUCUACAGUGCAGCAGCAACCCACAGACACCUGUAUCACCAAGCUUUUCCUGCACCAAAGUCAGAGCCCACUGAGCAACCAGAAAAGAAGAAAAUCUAAGUCGAUUUCAGUGCAUGACCACUUGCCACUUAGCUAUCAAAGUCUGUUUCCAUGCAAACAUUCAAAGUGCUUCUUUCUGAGCAGAAUGAAAGCCACACACCCGAGGACUCCGACGGUUCACUCCUUUACUCCAGUGACUGAUAAGCGGAUGUAUGUAUGCAUGGUCAUUUGUUAAUACGUGCAGUUUCCUGAUUUUUUUUCUUAAAAUAUGCUGUUAUCAUUUCAGGUAUUUGUAAAUCCGGGGGCAGUAGAAGUGUUUUGCUUGACUUUACUAAGUUCUGCUCUGGGUUAUAAUUAAGUAUUGCGUGAGAGCACUCCAGGUUUGGAUAUGCUCAUUUAAUUUCUAUAGAAAAUUUUAGUUAUUUUGCAUAGCUAUUUGUUAAAGUACAGCAUAACUCAGCAGGCUUGAUUUAAUCUAUAUAAUCUUAUACAUACCAGAGGCUCUUAUCUUGAAAUAUAUUUAAGAGCUUAAAAGUUGCUUUACCAAAAACUAUACAUUGUUUCUUUUAUAUUUAUGAUUUAAUAUAGAAUGUAAAUCUCUUGAUCAAAAAUGCACAAACAUGGUUUUGUAUGUGUUUGAGUUUCCCUGCACUGUCUGUUUUUUCAUUUGGUACAUCAGAAAUGUAUUCUUCAUAGGUUUAUUCUUUUAAUAUGCCAACUAUUAAACUUUACUCUGGUUCCUAACAGUAAAACAAAUGCUUACUGACUCUAGAACUAUUGGGGGUGCUGAUGUGGCUUGAAGGGCUCUCUCCACUUUACUUCAAGAUACAUUUUCUUUCUGUUAACACUUCAUGAGAAGUGUAGGUGUUUAGGAUGGCAUGACCAUACACUAUUUCUGAUACCAUUUCAAACUUAAGAAACAUGAGCUAAUCUUGUUAGUUCUUUCCUGUGACUUGGUUUAAAAAAAAAGUUUCAUUUUAUAUUUUUAGAUACAGUUCUGCCAUGCAGCUCAGGCCAGCCUUUAACUGUGAUCAUCCUGCCUCCCUCCCCAAGUCCUGAGCUUGCAUGCAUGCAUGUGCUGCUGUCUGCAGCAUCCUUCCAGGUCAUGGAAACCGUGAGUCUAUAAUUUAUUUCUUAUGACUGAAAUCUUUAUGGAGUUUUAUUAAGUAAACCAGACCCCUUAGAGGAAAAUAAAAAACGAGGUGGGAGGUGAGUCAUGGUGACACACACCUUUAAUCUCAGCACACUGGUGGCAGAGGCAGGUGGAUCUCUGUGAACUCGAGGCCAGCCUGGUCUACACCAUGAGUUCCAGGACAGCCAGGAACACACAGAGAAACCCUGUCUUGAGAACAAAAAGGUUUUCAAGAGAGGGGAAAGUAGUAACGGGAGAAAGGUAAUGCUUCUUACGGAUCUGGGAGCCCCCAAACAGGCAUUAACUGUGUCAGUAAUGGCGAACAAAAAGUCAUAGGGACAGGAGAGACAAGCAGUUCAAAAGCUGUGCGUCCGUCCUUUAGAGACACUGGCCUUACGCUCAGUAAACUCCCUUUCCCACCAG